AUAUGUAAAAAGAAGUCUUCAAUUGUUAUGUGUUAUACAUUUGAAUGUUAAAUUUCUAAAUUUUUGUUUCUUUUUUCCCCUUCAUUAAAAGAAUCUUUUCUAAUCGUCUUUUCAUAAUAAAGAUAAAAAAUGGAUAAAAGGCCAAAGAGAUCUAAUGUUGUUGAAAAAAAUUAUAGAGAACGUAAAAGACAAAGAAGACGAAAUAGUGAAAAAUCUGUAUCAGUUAGUUCUACUGUAGAUAAUACUCCACCACAAUAUGAUUUGAUUGAACAACUUUACAAUGAUAUUUUAGAUUAUAAAGAUCCAGACGACGAGGAAUACGAUCUUUGUGCUUUGUUCUUAGAAUUACCUUCAAAAGUCGAAUAUCCUGAUUAUUACGAUGUUAUUAAACACCCUAUUGCUCUUGAAGAUAUGAAGGCUAAGAUUGAUGCAAAAGAAUAUACUUUAUUAUCACAAUUUAAAGCUGAUAUUGAACUAAUGAUUUCCAAUGCUAAAAAAUACAACAUUAAAGAAUCACAAGUAUAUGAAGAUGCGAUCAAAAUUCAGAAAUUUGUGAAAAAUUGGAAAGAGCCUAAAGAAAAGGCUAUCUUAAAACUUCCUGGAGAUGCUUUCACUCAAGGAUCAACACCAAAAAUAAAGGCUAUUAAGCUUCGAGCUGUGGAUAAGCAAAGUCAAAAAACUAUAAAGGCUUUAAUGCAGGCUAUUAGUAAGAAAGAUUCGAAGCGAGCUUUGGAAUUAUUAGAGGAAGAUAAAGAUUUAAAUCCUAAUGAAUUGAUUGAAGUAGAAAUGUUUAACGACAAAUUUACUUGGGCCCCAAUUCAUGCGGCAGCUUAUUAUGGUGAUGUGAAGUUAGUUGAAUCAUUAUUAGCAAGAGGAGCUAAUGUAGAAUUAAAUGAUACUUGGUAUUCUGCUACUCCUUUGGGUUGGGCAGCAUUUGGUGAUAAGGAUAAAGUUGUAAAAUUGCUUAUUGAAAAAUACAAUGCCAAUAUAAAAGCAGAAAAUAUUCAUGGUCAAGUACCAUUUGAUGUCGUAUCUGAUCAAGAUGAUCCAAGAUGGAUUGGUUUAUUUAAAGAGGUACCUCCCACACUAAUUCCACAAAAACCACCUCAGCCACAGCCACAACCACAGCCACAGGCUUCUCAGCCACAGCCAAAUCCUCUCAUUCAUUUACCAGCUCCACCACAAACGCAAACAACACAACAAACACAAAUACAAAUACAACAGCAGCAGCAAGAACAGCAAGCACCUACUAUUAAUAGUACAAAUGCUAGUAUUCCUCAAAUUAAUAAUAGACCGCAACAGAUACAAAUUACACCAAACAGGCCCUUGCCGAUUCAAUCAUAUCCACCUGGUACUGUUAGACCUAUUCCAACAGUGACAGAUGGACAAUUUAUUAAAAAGAGAAGAGGUAGACCACCGAAAAGUGAAACGGAAGCUGCAACUGCUAGACCGACAACUGAAAUUGAUCUCAAUACAUUUGAUCCUGUUGCUUUUGAAAUUGAACUUUUUAAUGCUAUUCGAACUCAUACUGAUAAUACGAAUCGUCUUUAUUCCGAACAAUUUGAAGAUUUACCAGAUCGUGAAGAAUAUCCUGAAUAUUACAAUACAAUCAAGAAGCCAGUUUCACUUACAAUGAUUGCAGAAAAGAUGCAAACAAGAGCUUACUCUAAUUUACAUGCAUGGAUAGCUGAUAUGAGACUUGUUUUUGAAAAUGCUCUCAAUUUUAACGAGCCUGGUUCUCGUAUAUAUCGUGAUGCAAAAUUGCUAUUGCGUUUAUUAAAUCGUUUACAAGAUCGUAUUUUAGCUAGACUUGGUGUUCCAGUCAGUCAAGAAGAUGCAGCCUUCCGUAUAGAUUUAAGAAAUAGGCCAUUUGAUGUAGAUGCAUUGAGCGAAGAUAAACGUAAAAUAAAAAGGUACUUAAAUACUAAUAAAUCAAGAACCCAAAGUAUGGAGCCAGAACAACAUCAUGCGAUGCCUCCUUAUAUCAUGCAGCAGCAACAGCAACAACUUUUACAACAACAACUUUUAUUCCAACAGCAGCAGCAACAACAACAGCAACAACAACGACAAUUUAUGUCUAUGCAACCAUCAGUAGAUACACCUGCCAUGAUAAUUCAACCCUCUUUACCUCAGUCAUUUGAAAUGAAUACUUUUGUUCCUAACACUAUUCCAAAUCGACCUACUCCACCUCUAAAUACUUAUGGACCUUUUUCUGGUCCUACUAGUAAUCAAUCCCCUUUACCAAAGGCGUCAAAAGAAUUCUAUGCUUUAUGUCAAGAUGAAGUUAAAAUGUUUAUUCAAGAAUUAAAGAUAACAUCUCCUAAUAAUAAUUCAAUUGUUAUGAGUUUGGAUGGAGAAUACUCAAACCACAGUAUAUUUGUACCUUCUAAUGUAGAGACAUUGACUAUUCAACCUGAUUUAGUAAAGGCGUUAAAAGUGGAAGAGAAGCGUUUAAAUAUUACAGUUUUACAAAAUAAUAUGAAAUUAAAUGUACCUGAUAUGACAGAAUGGCAUACAGCUUCUUUAACUCGAGGUACGAACCUUAUUAAAAUUAGCAUAACUGCUAAUUGCACACAACCUGAUUCAACUAUUCCAGAAUAUAAAUCAAAAAUUUACCAUUUAUUUGUUACUCGUAACUGGUAGAAUUAAAUACAUAACUAAGAUAAAAUAAAUCUUUAUUG